GGGAUUCUGGGCGGAGUGUGUAGGGUUCUUUCUUUUUUUCUCUUUCUUAUUGAAUAACACACACUUUCCCUUACACACACACUUACACCACACUUACACACACCCCAGAUCAGGCCCUGCACGAGACGAAGAGAAGAUCUGAAUAGACAUCUUUCCUUCCAAUUCCCAGCAGCACCGAUCUGAGAGCAUCCCAUCAUGCCGGUGGUGUUCCAUUCCUCCCCACUGACGUGGUCACGUGUAGCGGCCAUGGUGUUUGCGUGUGUGGCGUUUAGCGUUGCCCUGUACGGCGCACAGCUCAUGCACGGUACUGGAGACUGGUGCGUGUUCUGCUGGAGCUUCAGCUUUGCUGGGACGCUGCUGAUUCUCCUGGUGGAGAUCUGUGGCCUGCAGACGCGUGCUCCUGUCUCCUGGAAGAACUUCCCCAUUACCUUUGCAUGCUAUGCCUCUCUGCUCUGUCUGUCUGCCUCCAUCAUCUUCCCUCUAUUUUUUCUAAAAGGCUACGGGGGACGUGAGGAAUAUGUCAACUGCCGCAUCGUCUCCACCGUCUUCUCCUGUCUCGCAACACUCGCCUACUUCAGCGAGGUCAGCCUAAGCAAGGCGCGUCCAGGCGAGGUAUCUGGCUACAUGGCUACAGCGCCGGGUAUUCUGAAAGUCUGCGAGACCUUCGUCGCCUGUGUCAUCUUCGUUUUCAUCAGUGACCCAGUGUCGUAUAACCAGAACGCAGCGACACAAUGGUGUCUCUCGGUCUACUGCAUCUGCUUCAUCCUGUCAGCAGCAAUCAUCAUCCUGUGCAUCGCUGAGUGGACCGGACUGCUCCCGGUGUCUUUCCCACGCUUCCUGUCCAUCUAUGCUCUGCUUGCCGUAGCCAUGUAUCUCUCUGCCACCAUCAUCUGGCCCAUCUACAAGUUUGAUGAGAAACAUGGAGGGAACAGCCGUCGGCCGAAUGAGUGCGACUCCCACAGGGGGCUUUGUCCCUGGGACAAGAAAUUAGCCAUUGCCGCUCUCACGGCACUAAACUUCCUGCUGUAUCUCGCAGACCUGAUCUACUCGGCUCGGCUCGUCUUUGUCAAGGUUUAGUCAUAAAAAACCUCGUAUCAUCAUCAGUAUUCACUCUUCUCAUCAAAUAUCUUACUUUAGCUUAAAUAAAGUGUGUUAGAUUAGCAUACUCUGACAUCACUGUAGCCUCCUUCUUUAUUUUCUAAAGCUGCUUAUAAAGAUAAAAUAAGAAAGAUAAAAUUCUGUAAAAUAAAAUUGCUAGUUAUGAAGACGGCUAAAUAGACAACCAAGUAUUUUGCGUGCUUGCUGUUAGCAAGUCAGAUGAUUUCAGCUGGGUAAGUAAGUGGUAACUUGCUAUCUAAAAUGUUAGUUAAAAAGCAGACACAAUUGGACACAGUGUGGAAAAGUGGGCGUGGUUUCACCACUGAAGGCUAGAAUGAUCAUGUGACCUUAAACACACUUCGAGGUAAAGUGUGUAUUUAUCAGUUUGGCCUCACUAUCAGCAAUCAAUCUUUAGUUACCAAAGAUGCUAAAGAAAAUGGCACAAUUCAGGUUUAUCACUCUUUUGUUUACACUUGUAGCUUUAGUCUUGAUUAUAAUAUCGUAUCACAUGUAUGUCUCUGAACACUGACGCUGUCGCACAUUAGCCAUGAUUAAUCUUUUGACUGUGCUAUGCUAAAUGCUAUGAAGCAGCAUGUCACGUGGGUGUUGAUGGAUUGGUGCAGGUACGAGUUCACGUUUCACCAUCACACGUUACACAUGCCACCUGUUUAAACCGAGCUGAAGAUUUACAUGUAUAUUCUGAUUUAUGAUAGGUUUUACACAGUGCCAGCUAGAGGGCGCUAACCGCAGGUGGGUCCGAAUAAAGUCUUUAAAUAGAUACAGUUUAACGAAUGUUACUCCUGUUCUGACAUUUUUCCGCUCUGAAUGCUGAUACUAAUUCACUAGCGUUAGCGGUUAGCACACUGACUGAAUGUCUGACUAUGAGACAUAACGCUCCAAUGACUUGCUAACGCGUUGGUGCUAAUAAAGUAAUAGAGAAAUGCGAGGUGUAUCUUACUUAGUAAUUAACAUAAAUUAACAUAAAAACUCUUCUCAGACAUUAGCGCAUGCUAAAUAGUAAACAUUAAUUUUAUUGCCUUUUAAUUACUUUUCUUUUUUUUUCAAAUUUAAAGACAACAACAACAACAAUUUCAGGAACUUUACAAAAAAUGGAAUUAGUCAUGUGAUUGAACUUUUAUUUAAUUUAAACUAAUUUUGUUCCUCCCGCCCAUCAGUCAUGUUAGCUUAAUACCUACAAUACAGCUGAAAGGUCAAUACUGCAGUGUUUAUGAAGAAGUACAUGUACAUCGUGAUGUAUCGUGAGUGUGACAGUGUUCGUUGUUCCGUGUAUCUAAUCAGUAUUACUGUGCCUCUAUGCAAAUUAUAUGCUAAUUAUAUGCAAAUGAAGUGUAUGUAAAUAUCAGCUGUUUGUGUAUAACAUCAUCAGGCUGGAUGAGUUACACACCAGUGUGUGUCUGUUACAGGCUGUUGUGGUGAUGUCAUCACUCUCACACUGGUGCAUUGUGGGAAAAAUAAAGGAAUAAGGGAAAAGAAA